GGACGCGGGUGUACAGCCCGCCGGAGUGGAUCCGCUACCACCGCUACCAUGGCCGUUCGGCAACGAUCUGGUCCCUGGGUGUGCUGCUCUAUGACAUGGUCUGCGGGGAUGUCCCCUUCGAACAGGAUGAUGACAUCGUCCAGGGUCAGCUCUUCUUCCGACGGCGGGUCUCUCUAGAGUGCCAGGAUCUCAUCCGGUGGUGCUUGUCCAUGCGCCCCUCGGACAGGCCAUCUUUGGAAGACAUUUUCAACCAUUCUUGGCUGCAAGACAUUCACCUGCCCCAGGAGGCGGCGGAGAUCCACCUGCACAGUUUGAUCCAAGAGCCUAACAAGCUUGUGCUGCAGGAGGGGAACGGUGCCAUCGUGUUCACCUGGCAAGAUGCCACUGCCCGGAAUCGAAAGCUGGCAGAGAUCCUGGGCUCACUGCUGGAGAUCCUGGGCUCGCUGCCACGGACUUGGGCUCGCUCUGCCCCCCGAAACAUCUCCCUGUACCUCGAAAACAGCUGA